CCAGGCAGCCCUGGUCCCACCGCAGCCCGGGUUGCUGUGGCAUCGGACACUGUGGGACACCUCCUUGGCUGCCACGGGAGGGGAGCAGAGCCCAAAUCCCUUGGGAGUGUUUCUGCAGCAUUCAGAGCAGGGGGAAGGUUUGGGGGUGGGCAGAGGAGCAGGCAGGGAGCAAUGCUCCGGGCAGCCCUGCCUCCCCCAGCCCCCUUGGUUUCCAUUGUUUCCCCCUGCAGUUCAUGAUGAUGAGGAUGCUGCUGUCAACAGGAUUGCGCUGGGGCUCUGCACCUUCACCCUGGCCGUGGCGCUGGGCGCUGUGCUCCUGCUGCCCUUCUCCAUCAUCAGCAACGAGGUGCUGCUCUCCUUCCCCCAGAACUACUACAUCCAGUGGCUGAACGGGUCCCUCAUCCACGGCCUCUGGAACUUGGUCUUCCUCUUCUCCAAUCUGUCCCUUGUCUUCCUCAUGCCUUUUGCCUACUUCUUCACCGAGUCAGAGGGCUUUGCGGGAUCCAAGAAGGGCAUCAUGGCCAGGGUGUACGAGACGUCGGUGGUGCUGCUGCUGCUGACGCUGCUGGUGCUGGGCAUGGUCUGGGUGGCCUCCGCCAUCGUCGGCAACGACGCAGCCAGCCGCCAGUCGCUCUACGACCUCUGGGAAUACUACCUGCCCUACCUCUACUCCUGCAUCUCGCUCUUCGGCGUGCUGCUUCUGCUGCUGUGCACCCCCUUCGGCCUCUCCACCAUGUUCACCGUCACGGGGAAGCUGCUGGUGAAACCCCGGCUCCUGGAGGACCUGGACGAGCAAUUGAACUGCACGAGGCUCGAGGAAGCCUCCGUGUCCCGCAGGAUCUCCUCUGGCAAAGCUUCCUGCUGGCUGAACUUGAACGUGGAGCUGCUGCGGGAGCAGUUCUUCGCCAUCCGGAGCAAGAGGCGGAAGCUGGAGCUGCGGCACCGAGCAUCACCCUGGCAGAGGAACCUGGGCUACCCCCUGGCCAUGCUGGGCCUCCUGGCGCUGACGGGCAUCUCCGUGCUCAUCGUCUGCUUCCACGUCCUGGAGCUGCUGCUGGACGAUGCCGCGAUGCCACGGGGCAUCCAGGAUGCGUCCCUGGGCCAGGUCUCCUUCUCCAUCUUCGGUUCCUUCGGAGCUGCCCUGCAGGUCAUCCUCAUCUUCUACCUGAUGCUCUCCUCCGUCGUGGGCUUCUACAGCUCCCCCCUCUUCACCCGGCUGCUCCCCGAGCGGCAGGACACCCCCCUCACCAAGAUCAUCGGGAACUGCGUCUCCUUGCUGGUGCUCAGCUCAGCCCUGCCCGUCUUCUCCAGGACAUUGGGGAUCACCCGUUUCGACCUCCUGGGGGACUUUGGCCGCUUCAACUGGCUGGGGAACUUCUACAUCGUCUUCCUCUACAACAUGGGCUUCGCGGGCCUGACCACCCUCUGCCUGGUGAAGAAAGUGUCCUGGGCCGUCCAGGCCGAGCUCAUCCGCGCCUUCGGUCUGCACAAGCUGCCGCUGCCCGUGACGCGCUCCCGGCGCCCUGGCAAGCCCUGCUAGGACUGGGGGACGGGGACGUGUCCCCUCGUGCCACGGUGGCCCCCAGGACGUCUGCCAGCCACAGAGCCGGCCCCGAUGGCACCCGGUGCUUCAGGGAUGU